AUGAUAAAGUCGUUACUCCUACAUUUUAGCUAUUUUUCAUCAUUUCAAAUUGGAAAUAGUAUUCCAAUUCCUAUAGAAGGUGUUGGCGUAGGCACACUUUCACUUGGCUACCAUUCAACAUUAAAUAAAACAAAUGAAAAAAUUAAGAACGAACACAAAGCAGUUGGUACAUCAACGAGCUGGUGGGGAAUGUACGCACUGCAUUUAGCAUCGACCUUUCUUCUAAAAUUCGGUCCAAUGUUUAAUAAAACUUUAGCGCAGUUAUCAGCAGAUCCUCAAACUGACAGCGAUCAGCAAAUGUAUAACCUACUAAUCUCCACCUUUGGAACCCAUUAUGUUUCAUCUGUAAUCGUUGGUGGGGUAGUGCAUGUCUAUACGUUUGUCUCAAAUGCAUACGCCAAAGAAGCAAGCACCGAGCAGUUUUCACAGCAGUGUCAUAAAAUUAUUCCACCAGUAUUCAUCGGAGACGGCGAAGAAUCGGUAAAUUCAUCUGAUUGGAAAAAAUGGAUGAAAAACGCAUCAAAUCAGCCGUCCGUUAUCAAUCGAACCAUUUCAAAUAUCACCGAUUUACUGAUCGACUAUCCACCUGAGAUUAGAAAACACCUUCAAUUAACAAUCAACUAUUACUUGAAAAAUGGAGUGCUGCCGACACUUGAGCAAAUAAACACUUAUCAAAAUCAACAGCGAAACAAGCGACAGUUGAGUAAUGAUGAAGAGCUAAUUCCACCAAUACCUGGUUUAGAUGUGGUCGGAUGCGGUUUUGAUAUAACCUCACUAGAAACUAAAGUGUGUCUGUUAAACGCUGAGAACAGUAGCGAUACUUGGACAGAUCCACUCAACUUAUUAGCCUCAUUUUUCGUACCAGAUGGAUUUUUUGUUGUUGAUAUUCCCAACCUAUUAACAAAAUAUGGUCUUAAAGUAUUCACAAAUCUUACCGAAUUCUUCAGUGAUUCGAUUUAUCGAACAGAGAGCACGUGGUCGUCGUCGUUCAGGGGUAUCGGUGCAAACACCCGCUCAACGGAAGUCCGCACAAGAAUUCAAAAUUUCUACGAGUAUAAUUUCUAUUUGGCAUGGAUAUAUCGCCAAAUCAUCUGGUAUACCCUCGCUGUGCCCUCAUUCCCCCCGCCUAAACUCAAUCCGAUUGCCCAACGUGCUUUUGACCAACUACCCACUACCUAUGAUGCCACCAAUGUUGAUGUCUGGAAACAAUUCUUUGACGCCUACGGCACACACUACGUUGUCUCAGCCGAUAUGGGAGGUAUGGCGUGGGCUGAAGACUGGAUUCAGAAAUGUCUGUUCGAAAGAAGAACUGAAACUUGGAUUAAAGAACAAACAAGUCGCUCUUUUUUCGGAUUUUUCAGCUCAUAUAGUAGUGCCACUUCGGAUGGCCACACUUUGAACGUUGAUAAAGAAUACAAAGAAUUGACAUGGUCUACGUUCAAAUUGGUUGGAGGUAUAGAGACACCCGAUCUUCGACGUUUCGAUAAAUGGUUAGCCUCUAUCAAAUAUCACCCACGUCCAGUCAACUACCGUCUAAUGCCUAUUCACACUCUACUACCAAAUGGUGCACAGCGUGACGCACUGGAAACAGCAUCCAUCUUAUUUCGUUCUGAAAUGGUCAACGAAUCGAACGCUCAUAUCGUUAACAUGGAAUCUAUCCAACAGUCGGCGAAUUCGAAUCCGGCUAUAAAAUGUCAACCAUUUACCGCAAAAAACAGAAAACGACGAGAUCUUUCUGUACAGGACCUCAGUGAUAAAGAUGAAUUGUCAACUGAUGUUCACUGGCUGAAUGAGUCUGGCGAGAAUGAAACUUAUACGGAACCUUAUAUACAAUUUGAUACGACCGAGGCGCGAAGCAUUUUCUGUCCAAUGAUUGGUUUUCAUGGUCCAUAUUGUCCGGGAGACACCAGUGAGUCGAACAACAGUUAUGUCAACGUAACUAAUAAGAGCUAUCGAGUACGGCGGCAAGAUGAUCUAGAAUAUGUGAAACUACCAAAAGCUGUUGGCCUGGCUUUUGACGUUACCGUAGGAAAACUAUUAUUACCAGCUAUAGAAUUUAAUUAUUCUGAUUCAACUCGUCUCUGGUCAGACGACUCGUCAGGUCAAUCCUUUAUCAUUCCAGCCGGUGUGAAGAUUACAAAUGCGGCGCCAGACGACAGUUCAGUAAAAAUCCGUAUAUACAAAAACGAAAAUGAUUUGCUCCAAGUUUGGUUGCGUAAUGAAGAAUCCGGUCAAUGGUGGGGCGGUGAAUUUGCACACGUACAAAACAUAUCUGAAAUAUACGACACAUUCUACAAAGAUAAUCGAGCAAUGGCAAUCUCACAAAAGCUGUAUGUGCUUUAUAGUCUGACAGUGGACGGAGCAGACAAUCCAGCAACGAUAAAAUUGAACGAUUAUGCAAAAAACGCUAUUGAUGCCCUUACCCUCAAGUAUGAUCAACGGCUAUACGAUGAGUUUAUGAACGCUUGGGGCACGCAUGUGGCUGUUGAGACUAAAGUUGGCGGCAUGAAAGAACAGCAAGUAAUCUAUAAAGAAUGCAUGUUGAAAACGUCUGAUUUCGUUGAUGGUAUAAGCGAAGCACAAUUAGAGAAGAAUCUACAACAAGAACUACUCAGUCCACUGCGACCAUGUUUGGAUGAUUAUUACUAUUUUCGUCGUCGAACAUAUGUAAAUCAUUUUAUCGGUGGUGAUUUGACCAAGAUCAACAACACUCAGUUAUGGCAGAAAACAAUUUUAAAAGAUCCUGUCGUGCUCACGGUUUCUCGGUAUGUUCCUUGGUCAGACAUUGUCGAAAACCAGACAAUUAGUAAAAAUCUAAAGCGUGCCAUCAAAUAUCGACUUGACACAAUAAAUGCGGCGCGCACAGAACAAGCCAAUCAAGUUCAAGUACAACGAUUAAACGCAACAAUUCCAGCAAAAUAUGUGAUCUAUAAAGCAGUAUACAAACCACCAGACACUACAACACCCAUGCCUUUGACAGAAUAUACUAAAGAUCCCACUAUGACUGAAGAAACAACUUCCCCUCCCUUUGAGUAUAUCUACGAAGUCGGUGUUGAUAAUGUAACACUGGCCAGUGCUUAUAUCUGUCCGAGUGUUGAGGAAACUUUGCCUUACUGUAAUGUUGGAAGAAAUAUAAGCUCAUGUCCAUUAGCUGUCAUUAAAAACAAUUGGACAAUGACAAAUCAAGUUCAAUUGUUAUAUGAGAGAAGUCAAACAACUGGCAGUUUUCGAACGGUGGCACGACGAAUAUAUGGAAAUAUAACAAUAGCUGGCACUCACACGUUCCAAAACUACGAUGUCCAAGGACCAUGGACACAAGCGGGAUGUUCAAAGAUAGUGAAUCCAUGCUUUGACACGGCUGCUGGACGGUACGACAAAGAUGCCUAUAUCUGUUCGGGUUGUGAGAUUACGUGUGAUGAACCGAAAAAAACUACAUGCAACUUCGCAGAUUGA